UAGUAGUGGGGAUCGAAAAACGGGCGAAAAACAGGGGAAGCGAGCCGUGUACGGAAAGAUACGAGAUCCCUGGUCGCUACUCUUCUAUCUUACGACUUUUGACAGUCGCGCACACUCCAGAUAUUUUAUAUACCUGAAUGGACAUAAGUCAGAGUAUAACCUAGAACAUGUAAACAGUGAGCACGUGGAUUCUGAAGUGGCAAAGCUUACAAUAUUUUUAUUAUUGAUAAAAACAAAUUUAUCGGGUGGAUAAAUUGAGGGAACGUUUUGAGAAACUAUGACCACGGAAGUCGAAAAGAAUCCUUACGCGUACCUCGAGAGGGACGAUUUCACGUCGGAAAAGUAUAAAAUCGAGGUACGCGGUUUGCCAAAGUAUUACGGCAUCGGUGAGUUUAAAAAAUUGUUGAACGAGAAGCUCGAUUUGCAAACGUGCAAGAUAAAGCCACCCAGGCGGGGCAGUGGAUGGCUUUACGUGUGUUUCCGAAACGAGGAAACCCGACAGAAGGCUAUAGAAACGUUAAAUGGGAUUUUAUGGAAAAACAGUAAACUGAGCGCUCAGAUUGCGAAACCUGCACCGGAUCCAUUCGUAAAGAGAAAAAUAGAGGAGAAGGGUGGGAACAAGCGUAUAAAAGUAGACGAGGAUGAUCAGGGUUUGUCCAUCGAAGACAGAGUUAAAUCUACCACUAUUCCUCUUUGGAACAUGCCUUACGCGAGUCAAUUAGAGCUGAAGCAAAAAGAAAUGAGCUCGAUCUUAAAGUCCAUUUGCAAACAAAUGUUGAAAGAGAGCAAAGACGAUCUCUUAGACUGGUUGAACUAUCAGAAAGACAAGUAUCAAGGAAUGCCUUGCGAGCUGCUUCCUAUUUUGAGUACAGAGAAGACUACAGAAUAUAGAAAUAAGUGUGAAUUUACAGUUGGUAGGAACGAUGCCGAAGACAAAGUAGUAAUUGGGUUCAGAUUGUGUAGUUAUGCUUCUGGUUCUACGGCAGUAGGGCCUAUCGAUAAUCUUUGUCACAUUCCUAGCCAAAUGAAAGUCGUCGUUAAGGUGCUCGAGGAGUUCAUGAAUAAUUCUGAGUUGAAACCGUUUGAUCCCGUCGAUCACAGCGGUCAUUGGAGACAAGUCACUGUCAGAGUGACCCUCCGCGGUGACUUGAUGGUGAUUGUAGGGAUGCAGCCGCAGGAUCUGAGUUCCGAAAAGUUGGAACAAUUAAAAUCGGAGCUGAAAGCCUUUUUCGAGGACGGGAACGGCGUCGAGGCUCACGUCACAUCGUUGUAUUUACAAACGAUGACACAAAAAAGCGCCAACGGAGACGGCGGGGACGAUUAUUAUUACAUCAGCGGGACGAGAUACAUAGAGGAAACGUUGUCAGAUAUGAAAUUUCGCAUAUCUCCGCAGGCGUUCUUUCAAGUGAACACGUUGGGCGCUCAGGUGUUGUACAAAGCGGCGAUUGAUUUAGCGAAACCAAGCGCGGACACUUCGAUGCUCGAUAUUUGUUGCGGUACAGGAACGAUCGGUCUUGUAUUUUCCAAGUAUUGCGGCGAGGUAUUCGGUUUGGAAGUGGUCGAGGACGCUAUUAAAGACGCCAAGGAGAACGCUGUUACGAACGACGUGACGAACUGUGAGUUUUUCGUUGGCAAAGCCGAGGAUAUCUUGUAUCCCGUGAUUCGGCGAAUUACCAAACCCGAUGUGAUCGCCGUUGUGGAUCCUCCGCGAGCUGGACUUCAUCAACGAGCUUUGUUGACUAUGCGCAAGACGAAAAAGUUGUCGAGGCUGGUUUACGUAUCUUGUAAUCCUCGAGCGGCUGCAAGGAACUUGGUGGAUUUAGCUAGGCCCGCCUCGAAACAAUACGUCGGAGAACCUUUGGUUCCGACAAAAGCGGUCGCCGUAGACAUGUUCCCGCACACCAAGCAUUGCGAAUUGGUGCUGUGUUUGGAAAGACUGUCGGUAGCUAUGAAAGCGCGCGAUGCCACUUAGCGGCACGCAUAUUUUUAUUGUUAACGAACGAUUCGAAUAAAAAGAUCUCCUGUCGUGUCUGACUUUUAA